UAGGAGCCCGCUGGAAAUAGUGUAUACUUAUCGACACACAUUUCCCAGGGUCUAAGCUGAAGUCCUCCGGCCAGACCAGACCCUGAAAGCUCGCUCAGCAACCCUGUAGCAAGAGCCUGGGCAGGUGGGUGUGGAUAAACCCUUCGGUUUAGCAACCGGGAGGGCCACUAGGGCUUCCCAAGAAAACUAUCUGAGAUCCACCCGAGGAUUGGGUCAAGGACUAAAAGAAGAAAUAACUCACAUGCUGACCAGUGAAAACAGUACGAAGAGAGCAAGAAAAACAGUUGUAGGACAGAGCCAGGGAAACAAGAAGUUAAGUGCAGAAAGAAAGCGCUUUGAAAACGGGAAAGACAAAGCAGAGAGCAUGAUGGAGCCUGAAGAUUGCGUCCUCAGGAAUCCAGGACCGGAGAUAAGGAGCUAGGAAAAAAUGCACCAGGGAUUAGUCAGGAAGGACUAAGUCCCACAGCGGAAGACGGAUCGGACUUCCAAGCCUGGGUUGAGAUCCACUGAAUUAGAGCCUACUUCUUUGGGAUUCCAGCAUAUGCUGAAAACUAGUGAGACAUCAGCCUUGUGGACUGAGCAACUACUGGAUUGUUGGACUUUCUGUUCACAGCCAACCAACAUUGAAUUAGCUCGAGUACAGCUGGCCCUUGCUCUGAACACUACUAUCAAGGAGCUGUUUCCAUCUGCUGUCGCCGAGCACUGCCCACCAGACACCGAGCACUGCCCACCAGACACCGAGCACAGCCCACCAGACACCGGAAAACCUUGGGUGUCUCAGACAAUGGCCACGCGUUAGAUGUGCCUCACUUAGCUGAACAAAAACUUCAAACCACAUUUGACUGGUUUCCAAAUGACAGGUGAGUCACCUCAUUCGAAUACCUGUCCGGGCACACCACAGGGAGAAAAGUUCCCAAAGGAUGAUUCACCCCUGACGCGGGAGCCCCCAGAAGCAGAGGCACGCGCUAUCCUUUUGUCGACUCGGAAAGUAAAGGAUAUUUACCUCUUUGGAAUUGUUUUUAGAUGGAGAAGUAGGUGGGGAAAGCAGGGGGUUUUGGUGGGAUUCCCCUCAGAAGAAAUUUUCCAUGAAGCAGACUAGGUGAGAACAAGGUCCUAGUUAUAUAUUCUUCCUUCAUCAGCAGCUGCGGGUCAGUCUCAAAGAGGAACGCCUGCGCAUGCGUUCCGCGCUACUCCCUGCCCACUUGAGGCUGCCUGGGACCCACUGGAGGUGAAAUCAGGGGCCUCUUCAUUCUAGAAGGCUUCAGUGGGCUGGAGAGACAGAGAUGGCUCACGAGUACGUAUUGCUUUUUUUUUUUUUUUUUUCAGAGCUGGGGACCGAACCCAGGGCCUUGCGCUUCCUAGGCAAGCGCUCUACCACUGAGCUAAAUCCCCAACCCCACAUAUUGCUUUUGUAGAGGAACCGAGUUCAGUUCCCGGGAACCGUGUCAGGCAGCUCACGGCUGUCUUGGAGCUCCACCUCUGAUCUGAUGCCUCUGGCCUUUGAGGGCACACACCCACUCAUCCACCCACGCACACCCACUUCUAAAAGGAGCGAGCUUUUAAAAAGUAAAAUACCGAGCUUUAGGAGAGCUAGGGGUGUAGUUCGGUAGUAGACAGCUUGCCUAGAAUGUGCAAAGCCCUGAGGUCUGUCCCUAGCAAUGAAAACAGAAACAAAACAACAACAACAACAACAAAAAAGUGUAUAUGGAGUGGAGCAGGUGUCCUUCAGGAACUGGCACCAUGGGCAAAAGGCCGGGCUGGUGCCCAAGCCCUAGGUUCCGGUUUCUGAAGUCUCUGGGUCAUUCCUAGGCCUACUUCAGUUUAUCUGCUUUGAGACAGAGUUUCCUGUAACCUAAGUCAGCCUCAAACCGGCUAUGUAGGCAAGGGUGACCUUGAAAUUCUGAUCCUCCUGUACCCAUCCCCCGAGACCUGGCAUUGUAGGAGUGCACCACUGGGACGGGCUUAUGCGGUGGUGGGAACAAACAAACACAGGCACGAGAAGCAAACACUACCUCUUAACAUCCCAGCCCUGACCUGGGCUUCUCAAACCGCACAAUGGGGUGCGUGCUCGCAAACAGUAGAACAGUUCCCAAGAUGAAUUCUGCUCCUGACAAGAACCAUUCAUAACCCUUAUUUGUACUUUCCACACCACAGAGGCUGCAAGACCACAGGGGACCCAGGCUCAAUCAGCCCAGGGUCCAUCAAAACUAUCUACUCUGGAAGGCACACAUGGCCCUGCCGCAGGCUUGUUUAAUGCCCCAGAACCACCACCACCCAAAUCCAGCCAGAGAGCCAAGGAUUAACCAAGAGGACAGUCCAUUCGGACAGAAAGGCUUUGCUGGCCCGCCCUCUAAGAUCACCGACCCCCCCACUUGGCAGCUGAUGAUGCCUCUGUGGAAGUCACUCUCCCUUUGGCUUAGGGGGUCUAUCAUUUCUCCUUGUUAGAGCGAGAUGAAUCUUGAGAGCAAAAUGGCAACUUGGGACAAAUGAUAAUUGGGAACAGCUGACACUGUGUCCCUGGCACUAUUAACCUAAUUUGUCUCACAUAAUCUGCCUUGGAACAGAGCCCAUCAACUCUGUUUUACAGAGUUUAGAGAACGCCUGAGGAGUCAAGCAACCUAUCAGAGGCCACUCAGCCAGGAAGCAGAGAGAAGAAGGUUGCAAUGUGAACUCGGCCACUCCAGAAGGCAAGCUACUUAAACUCGCUAGCAAAGAACUUCAUCGUAAAUGAUUACCCUUGAGAGGGUUAGCAAGACCUGUCUCUCGGUGAUAUUCAGUGAUGGAGAGAGGGUCUUGGAGCUGUGGUAUAUCGGCCUCGCUUCUAGAGACAGACACAUUGUCUCUGACAUAGUCAUUCCAGAGUAUGAGGAAGGCCAUGUGCCUGAAAACUUCAGUCACAGAUUUAGGGAUAGGGACUGUGACGUGGGCGGGCAGGUCUGGAAGCAACAUAAGGGUCCCUCCCUGAAGGUUGCAUCAGAGCCUAUGGCACCCCGGCUUUAGAGAUGUAUGCUGCACCAAGGACCACUAGGGUAGGAAGUAACAUGGAAAACUGUUAGGUUACAACUCGUAAAAAGUCAAUUACAGGGGAUUAGGAAGACAGCUCAGUGGGCACAAGUGCUCACUGUGCAAACACGAGCCCCUGAGUGUGAAUUCCCAGCAUCCAUAGAAAAGCCGGCCAUGGUCAAGACAGCCCAUAAGUCUGAUGUUGGUGGGGAGAGAGAUAAAUGGAUCCCAGGAGCUCAAUGGCCGGCAAGUCUAGAGAAAAGCCCAGGUUCAUCUAGGGACCCUGUCCUUUUCCUUUCUUUUCUUUUCUUUUCUUUUCUUUUCUUUUCUUUUUUCUUUCUUUCUUUCUUUCUUUCUUCCUUCCUUCCUUUCUUUCUUUAUUUUUUUUUUUUUGAGACAGGGUUUCUAUGUGCUGUCUUGGCACUCCCUCCGAAGACUAGGCUGGCCUCAAACUCACAGAGAUCCUCCUGCCUCUGUCUCCCUAGUGCUGGGAUUAAGGUCAUGUGUCACCACUGCCUGGCUGAGACUCUGUUUUAAGGGAAUAAGGGAGAAAGAAUGGUAGACAGCCUGUCUUCUGGCCUCUACAUGUGUGCACCUAAAUACACACACACACACACACACACGCACACACACACACACACCCCACAUGCCUCGCUGGGCAUGGUGAGUGAAGCCUGUCAUCAAGGAGAUCAGGAGUUUAAGGCCAUCCUCGGCUAUGUAGUGAAUUUGAAGCCAACCUUAGCUCCCUGAGACCCUGUCUAAAAGAUGAGGCCAUAUUAUUGUAUAUUACUGGAUUACAUGAGGUACCUAGAGUUGUCAAGGUCUUAAAGACAAGAGAGCAGUUAUCAGGGGCUAAAGUGGGGAAGGGGGAGUCCAUGCUUGGGGUAAAGGGGGCUCUCCUAGCUCCUUUUCAGAUAUCAUCUGCCUUGCUGUGUCUGGCUCCUUUACCCAGUCAUGAAAUUCUAAAAACUGAUAUUGCUUCUGAGGCUCAGAAAGGUUAGGCAGUUAGCCCAAGGUCACUCAGCUUGGAAGAAAAAGGACUGGAAAGAUGGCUCAGUGGUUAACAGCACAUCCUGCUCUUGGAGGGAACCGGUUAGGUCUCAGCUUCUAUGCAGGGCGGCUCACCCUACCUUAACUCUAGCUCUAAAUGGGGUAUGAUGCCAGCACUGCCCACACAUAUACAUACAAAUAACUAAAAAGCAACAGGAAGAAUUUUUUCGUCAUUUUUGUUUUUUGACACAGACCCUGGCUGUCCUCAAAACCUCCUAUGUAGCCUUAGGCUGGCUUUGAACUCGGAGACUCACCUGCCUCUGCCUCCUGCGUGCUAAAAGUAAGGUAUGUGCCACCAUGCCCAGCAAAAUUAUUGUUUAAGAGCAGCCGACGCUAAAACUCAGUCCUGGGCUGAGGACUGCUACUCAAUGAGGGAGCUCGACUCCCAGGAAAAGCCUGGAUUCCACACUCUGUGGAGCCACCCUGCCCUCCCCUGCGUGGUGACUGCUUCAUCCUCUCCCCUAUGCAGACACCGUCUCUUCCUCGUCUCAACAACAGGGAAUGUUUUCCCUUCCCUGUUAAGAACACACUGCUCCAGCCUCCACAACAAGGAAAAACAAUUUCCCAUGUAGAGCCAAGGGAACAGAGUGGCCCGGCAGGGCCCCUGGAGACGCCCUCAUCCAUCACGCUCCCUCUUGAUUCUGCAUUUUAGCUUCAGUAAUGGGGGCUCCCCAAAUCCCUUCAAACACCACAAGCCACAUCUCAUUGAAUCUGCCAGGCAAAUUACAGUUCCCAAGGAGGACAUGGGGAUUCAGCAGCAGAGAGGGGCGACGGUCACCACCUCUGGCCACAGAGAAGGCACCAACCUGAGACAGAGAGGGGUACAGGAAAGAGAGGGAGGGAAGUGUACACAAGGGCUCCCAUCCCCUCCCUGGGAGUCUCACACAUGCCUCUCAGAAGAACUGACUAGAAAGCUGAUGCUAGUCACAAAGCCAAGGAAGAGGAAGCAGAAAGGAUACUUGGGACAGCAUCGAUCACUGGGAACUGAAACACCAGUCUAGGGUCACCCUGCAGAAGAGGCAGGGCAGGGCAUGAGUAAGAAGAUAACACCAGCGUCUUCCUUGGAAAACGUAUACAGAUUCCUCCCUUUGCUCUGGUGAGCCGGCCAGUGGCUCUCAGGGGUGUCUCUGCCCUCGAAUCUCGACAUUGAUUGAAAAAAAAGUUCGUGUUUAUGUACAUGUGUGCAUGUGUGUACAGGCUGGACAAAGACCUCGGUACUGUCCCUCAGGAACACCGUCUGUUAUUUAUUUAUUUUUGGUUUCAGGAGACAGGGUUUCUCUGUGUAGCCUUGGAUGUCCUGGAACACACUUUAUAGACCAGGCUGGGCUUGAAUGCACAGAGAUCCACCUGCCUCUGCCUCCAGGAUACUGGGAUUAAAAGUGUGCACCAUGGGGUUGGGGAUUUAGCUCAGUGGUAGAGUGCUUGCCUAGGAAGCGCAAGGCCCUGGGUUCGGUCCCCAGCUCCGAAAAAAAGAAUCAAAAAAAAAAAAAAAAAGUGUGCACCACCACCGCCUGGUAAGACAGGGUAUUAUUACUUAAUAUUUUUAAUAUUUUUGCUGGGGGGAAAUGGUGCACACCUUUCAUCCCAGCACUUGGAAGGCAGAGGCUGGUGGACCUCAAAGUUGGAGGCCAGCCAGCCUGGUCUACAGGACAAGUUCCAGGACAACCAGGGCUACACAGAGAAACCCUGUCUUAAAAAACAAGAAACAAUACCUAGGAAGCGCAAGGCCCUGGGUUCGGUCCCCAGCUCCGGAAAAAAAGAACCAAAAAAAACCCAAAAAACAAGAAACAAACAACAACCAAAAAGAAAGAAAGAAAGAAAGGAAGGAAGGAAGGAAGGAAGGGAAAAAGAAAGAAAGAAAAAUGAAAAACAUGAUUUUUUAAAAAUUUACAUGGAUGUGUCUGAGUGUAUAUGCCUUGAGUACAGGAGCUGUGGAAGCCAGAAGGGGUGUUGGCUCCUCUGGAGGGGGAGUUACAGGCUGCUGUGAGCUGUCCCAGGUGGGUGCUGGAAACCAAACUGGCUCUCUAGAAGAGCAGAAAGUGCCGUGCUUCCCUGACUCAGCUUUCCAGCCCAUCAUCAUCAUCAUCGUCACUGUCAUCACCACCAUCAUCACCACCACCACCAUCAUCAUCACCACCACCAUCAUCACCACCACCACCACCACCAUCAUCAUCAUCAUCAUCAUCAUCAUCACCACCAUCAUCAUCAUCACCACCACCACCAUCAUCAUCAUCACCACCAUCAUCAUCAUCACCACCAGCAUCAUCAUCACCACCACCACCAUCAUCAUCACCACCACCAUCAUCAUCAUCACCACCACCAUCAUCAUCACCACCACCACCAUCAUCAUCAUCACCACCACCAUCAUCAUCAUCACCAUCAUCAGUGCACAGUGUGGGACAUGCCACAGCACACACAUGGAAGUCAGAAUACAACUCUGUGGAGACAGUUUCCUCCUUCUACCUUUAUCUGGGUUCUGGGUCAUCAUACUUGCAUCUUUGGGCAGCAAGCACCUUCUCCUACCGAGCCAUCUUGCCAGCCCAAGACGGGGUUUCUCUUCGGCCUAGAGCUCACCAAUUAGGCUUGGCCUUGGCCUGCUGGUCAGUGAGUCCCUGCAAUCUGCUUCCUGUCUUUGUAUUCCCGCUGUUGGGACUGUUACCCAGCAAGCUUGGUUUUCAUGGAUGUUUCUAAACAUGGGCUCUUUGGCUAGUACUCAGGUAAAGCAUGUUUCACCAACCCGGCUCCCCAGCCCUUGAGAAAGUCAUACAUAAGUUAAUGGAUGACUUUAUGACUAAUGACUUUAAUUAGUUAAAUGGCUUUCACUAACGAAGUUCAAAAUGACUCCCUCCCGCACCGGUUCCUCCAAGAGACACAGCAAGCCACACAGACAGGAGGAGAUGACCAUUAUAAGGACAGAGGCAUAUGAGUAAGGAGGGCCUCUUGGAGCUACUGACAGCUAGGAGAGGCAAGGUUUACCCUAAGGUCCUGGAGGGGACAUGGACCUGCUGAGGCUCUGACUUCAAACUUCUGGUUCCUGAAUAGAAAUCUGUUGUUUUAAGGCACAAAACUGAUGCUCCUUUGUUACAGCGAGAACCAACCCAGCAUCCCGAUAGGACCUGAAACCCCAAGCAAAGGGCUCUCCUUUUGGGUCUCUCUCCCUCUGCUCUCUACUCUCCUCCAGUUCUCUACAAAUGGAAUUAAUUUUCCCUCAGGAGAGGCGCUCCUGGUUGGAGCUGGCCGCAUCCAUCUGGCUGACCAGCAGCUCAGAGCCAACACACCCAGGACAGGAAACAGCAUCCUUCCAAAGCACCCUUCUCCAGCAGCAGCCUGACCCUCACCCAUCCUCAAAGCCUUGAGGCUUUGUGUGCAUAUUCAACCGGAAGGGGAGCUUUCUUAGCUCCCAGGGACGGCCCUGGCCCUGGGGGAGAGCAGAGCGAGCUGUAUUUUGGUGCACCCCACAGAAAGUCACACACAGUGUUUGGGUGCCAAGAGAGAUUGGGGAGGUUCCCGGUUGAUGUUUUUUUUCCACCUUGAAACUGGCCGUGGUUCUGAGAUGAUGGCUGGGGAAUUCCACCAGCCUCUUCAACGACCAUUCAUUCAGUUUGAUCGUUGAACAGCAGGAGCAAGCAGAGACUUGCAACGUCCGCCGAUUCCAGAUAAGCUGGUGUUUUUCUCACUGCCCAAACAAGCCAGGCUCCUGCUGUCCUGCAGGCUGGCGGCUAGUCAUUCAUUACUGCGACACGUGCCCUAUUCAGGGUUCUCCUUGCCCAUCCUCCAGGGGCACUUGCCUUCCGGACCAGCCCUAC